UUAAGAAUCUACAAUCUUGUAAAAGACAUCCUAAUCCCAAUAUACCCUUGGGGAAAAUGCCACCGCUGCGCUUGACUUAGCUCACAAGUAAAGUCAUCUAUAUUCCAGGAUUGGGCCCUAUCUCAGUGUACGGAGUCCUCCCUUCUCUCUUUCAAAUGACUUGUUGGUCUGUUAGCGUUGGACUCACAUUGCACACGCACUCACUGUCUGACGAAAAGCCUCAGAGAGAGAAGAGACAGAGAGCAAGCAAAGCUAAGAAACCGCAAGGCAAUGCAAGACGGCGAAGCGUCCAGUGGUGCCGAUCGUUGCAACCCUGGUCACUCGAGCGUCAGUGCUGCCACCACCUCACCGCUUGUGGAACCGUCUUUGGAUGUCUCUGGGGUUGAUGAGAAUGGAAUUGAACCGGGUUCGAGAGCAAAGACGACUGAGAAAGACCCCAGAAAGAUCGCCAGAGAGUACCAGUUGGAGCUAUGCAAGAAAGCUUUGGAGGAGAAUAUAAUUGUUUAUUUGGGGACAGGUUAUGGGAAGACCCACAUUGCUGUGCUGCUUAUAUACGAACUGGGUCACUUGAUAAAGAAGCCCCAGAAGAACAUAUGUAUCUUUCUUGCACCUACGGUGGCUCUGGUUCAGCAGCAAGCCAGGGUUAUAGAAAAUUCAAUUGAUUUCAAGGUUGGGGUCUACUGUGGGAGCUCUAAGCGCUUGAGAAAACAUGAAGACUGGGAAAAAGAGAUUGAACAAUAUGAGAUUCUUGUUAUGACGCCUCAAAUACUUCUUCACAACUUAUAUCACUGCUUUAUCAAGAUGGAGUUCAUUGCGCUCUUGAUAUUUGACGAGUGUCAUCAUGCUCAAGUACAAAGCAGCCAUCCUUAUGCAGAAAUCAUGAAACUGUUCUACAAAACUGAUGUUGGAAAAUUUCCCCGUAUAUUUGGCAUGACUGCAUCUCCAGUUGUAGGAAAAGGUGCUUCCGAUUAUGCAAAUUUACCAAAAGUCAUUAAUAGUCUUGAAAAAUUACUUGAUGCAAAGGUUUAUCCUGUUGAAAAGAAGGAAGAAUUGGAUAAUUUCGUGGCAUCUCCUACAGUUAGAGUAUAUUAUUAUGACCCCACUAUAAAUAGCACAUCUAGCUCCUAUGCAACAUACUGUAGUAAACUUGAAGAGCUGAAACGCCAGUGCAUAUCAACACUAAAUCAGAAGACGGAUGAUCAUCAAAGUCUACGGAACUUAAAGAAACUACUAAGGAGAAUGCACGAUAACAUACUAUUCUGUUUGGAAAACCUUGGCCUUUGGGGAGCAUUAAAAGCUAGUCAAAUUCUUUUAAGUGGUGACCACUCUGAGCGAAAUGUAUUAAUAGAGGUGGAAGGAAAUUUCAGUGGUGACUCUGUAUGUGAUAGAUAUCUAGCUCUGGCUGCUGAAGUCUUUGCUUCUGAUUGUAAGACAGAUGGGAUUGCAUUCGAUUUGUCAUGUGUGGAGAUCUUAAAGGAGCCAUAUUUUUCAAGGAAGCUUUUACGCCUUAUUGGAAUUCUUUCAUCCUUCAGGUUACAACCAAAUAUGAAAUGUAUAAUAUUUGUAAAUAGGAUUGUUACGGCAAGAUUGUUGUCAUACAUACUACAGAAGCUUAAGUUUCUAGCAUAUUGGAAGUGUGAUUUUCUUGUGGGAGUCCACACUAGAGAAAAAUGUAUGUCACGGAAGACCAUGAACAUUAUUCUUGAGAGAUUCCGAUCUGGAAAGUUAAAUCUAUUGGUUGCAACUAAAGUUGGUGAGGAAGGACUUGAUAUUCAGACAUGCUGCCUUGUGAUUCGGUUUGAUCUCCCAGAAACUGUUUCUAGCUUUAUACAGUCAAGAGGUCGUGCACGAAUGCCUCAGUCUGAAUAUGCCUUUUUGGUGAACAGAGGCAACCAGAAGGAGCUAGAUUUGAUAGAUAAUUUUCAAAAGGAUGAAGAUCGAAUGAACAAGGAAAUUACUCAUCGAACGUCAAAUGAUACAUUUAUAGGUCCUGAAGAAAGAAUCUAUAAAGUUGUUUCAUCUGGUGCUUCUGUCAGCUCUGGAUAUAGCGUCUCAUUACUCCAUCAGUAUUGUUCGAAACUCCCGCAUGAUGAGUUUUUUCUUCCCAGCCCAGAGUUCUUUUAUUUUGAUGACUUGGGGGGUACUGUCUGCCACAUAAAGUUACCUUCGAAUGCUCCAAUAAAUCAAAUUGUUGGUACACCACAAUGUUCAAUGGAAGCUGCUAAACAAGAUGCUUGUCUGAAAGCAAUUGAAACAUUGCAUAAAAUGGGGGCCUUGAAUGACUACCUCUUGCCUGGGAAAGAUGAUGCAAAUGUAGAUGGAUUGGAGCUGGAUUCUUCAGACUCGGAUAGCUGCAAAGAUGAUAAUCUACGAUGCGAACUACAGGAGAUGCUUGUACCUGCUGCACUAAGAGAACCAUGGACCAACUUGGAAAAUUCUGUCAGUCUUAACUCCUACUACAUAGAAUUUAGUCCUAAUCCUAAAGAUAGGGUCUAUAAAAAGUUUGGUCUAUUUGUCAAAGCACCUCUCCCGUUAGAGGCUGAGAGAAUGAAACUUAAACUUCAUCUGGCUCGUGGUAGAUCUGUGAUGACAAAGCUUGUCCCAUCAGGAAUUGCAGAAUUUGAUAAAAAUGAGAUUAUGUUUGCACAGAAUUUUCAAGAAAUGUAUCUCAAGAUCAUCCUUGACCGAUCAGAAUUUAUUCCUGAAUUUGUUCCCUUGGGAAGGAAUGAUAUUAGUAAAUCGAGUUCAUCAACAUUCUACCUGUUGCUUCCGGUAGUUUUGCAUGAUAAUGAAAGUACAAUAACUGUAGAUUGGGAGAUUGUUAGGAGAUGUUUAUCGUCCCCAGUUUUCAGGGCUUCAGAAGAUGACAUGGUUAAGGAAUAUUUUCCUUUGGAUGAUGAACACUUGCACCUUAUCAAUGGUUACAGAAGUAUAAGUGAUGUUGAGAAUAGUUUAGUGUAUUGCCCGCACAAAAAGGCGUUUUUCUUCAUUACUAACGUUGUUCAUGGAAAGAACGGACGCGGCCCUGAUCAAGAAACAGAAACUUCAAGCUACCUGGAGCACUUAGAGCAGUUUGGCAUUCAACUUAAAUACCCUGGACAACCUCUUCUGCAUGCAAAACCACUUUUUUGCUUGCAUAACUUGCUACGCAACCGAAAAUCAGAAGAUUCAGAAUCACAUGAACUGGAGGAGUACUUUAUUGAUUUGCCUCCCGAGCUAUGUCAGUUGAAGAUCGUAGGCUUUUCCAAAGAUAUCGGGAGUUCAAUAUCUUUGUUGCCAUCAAUCAUGCAUCGUCUGGAAAACUUGCUUGUGGCCAUUGAACUGAGGCACACAUUAUCUGUUGCAUUUCCUGAAGGAGCUGAAGUUACUUGCGAUAGUGUUCUAGAAGCACUUACCACCGAGAAGUGCCAAGAGCCCGUUUCCCUUGAAAGGCUUGAAAUACUUGGGGAUGCUUUUCUAAAAUUUGCAGUUGGGCGGCACCUUUUUCUUCUGCAUCAUACCCUUGAUGAAGGAGAACUUACAAGGAAACGUUCUGACUUUGUAAGCAAUUCCAAUUUGUACAGACUGGCAAUUAGGUGCAAGUUACAGGUAUACAUACGCGAUAAUCCAUUUGAUCCCUGCCAAUUUUUUGCUUUGGGCCGCCCUUGUCUAGUAAUUUGUAACAAGGAAAAAGAAGGCAAUAUUCAUUCCCGACCUUCAAGUAGUCAAGCAGAUGAUGCAAGUUAUAGUGGAGUUAGAUGCAGUAAAGGACACCUCUGGUUACAUAAGAAAACAAUCGCUGAUGUGGUUGAAGCUCUUGUUGGAGCGUUCAUAGUUGAUAGUGGCUUCCGUGCUGCAACUUCCUUUCUUCGAUGGAUUGGCAUACAAGUGGACUUUGAAGCCUCACAAGUUGUUAAUGCCUGCAGAUCAAGCACUAACUACAUCCCACUUGCUUCUCGUCUGGACAUUGAUGCCCUCGAAAAUUUACUAGGGUAUCAGUUUCUUCAUAGAGGUCUGCUUGUACAGGCAUUUGUACAUCCUUCUUACAAUAACAAUGGAGGAGGCUGCUAUCAGAGAUUGGAGUUUCUUGGAGAUGCUGUCUUGGAUUACUUGAUCACAUCAUAUCUUUAUUCAGUUUAUCCAAAGUUGAAGCCUGGUCAACUGACUGAUCUGAGAUCAGUGUUUGUGAAUAAUAAGGCCUUUGCUAAUGUGGCAGUAGAUCGAUCUUUCGACAAAUAUCUUAUUUUUGAUACCAGUGGCCUUAGUGAGGCCAUUAAUAUUUAUGUCAACUGGAUUAAAACACGUGCACCAGAAGGGAGUUUUAUUGAUGGGCCAAAAUGUCCAAAGGUUUUGGGUGACUUGGUAGAGUCUUCUCUGGGUGCCAUUCUUCUUGAUUCAGGGUUUAAUCUGGACCUUGUAUGGACGAUAUCGCUUUCCUUUUUGGAUCCAAUCAUAAGGUUCUCGAGUCUGCAAGUUAGUCCUAUUCGGGAACUGCAAGAACUUUGCCAAGCUUAUAAUUUGAAUCUACAGUUUUUAGCAUCAAAGAAGGGUAAAAUGUUUUCGGUUGAAGCACAAGUGAAUGGAACAGAUGAUUGUACAACUGCUUCUGAAGACAACUUGAACAAGAAAGAUGCUAGUCGAAUUGUUUCGCAAAAGCUAUUCACAGAGUUGAAGGCUAAGGGCUACAUACCCAAGUCAAAAACUUUGGAGGAGGUUUUGAAGUCAAGCGACAAGAUGGAAGCCAAACUAAUCGGAUAUGACGAAACACCUAUUGAUGUAAAUACCCCUGAAGCCAUUGGAUUUGAAAAAUCAACGGUACAACCUUCUAGCGGAGAUUUUGAGCCCCAAAUCUUUCGCCUCACUAAAGUGUCUGAUAAUAAUAUCAGCUGCAUAACACCUGCUAUUAAAAAACAAUUUGGAGCCUUAAGGGGGCAGCCUUCUGGGACAAUUGAAAAUCAUAGCUGUGACCCUGACUCACAGACCACAGGUGGGUCACACAAAGGAACAGCAAGAUCACGUUUGCGUGAACUCUGUGCUGCUAAUUGUUGGAAACCCCCUUCAUUUGAAUGUUGCAGAGAGGAAGGACCAAGCCACUUAAAGUUAUUCACUUUCAAGGUUGUUGUGGAAAUAGAAGAUGCUGAAGAUGUGGUUUUAGAGUGCUUUGGUGAACCCCGGGCAAAAAAGAAAGAUGCAGAAGAGCAUGCAGCAGAAGGGGCCCUUUGGUACCUAAAGCACGAGGGAUACUAGAUUGAGACUGACUAACGUACACAAAUUUUUUGCUGAUGAGAUAGAGGGAACAUUGACACAGCGGCAGGUUUUGUAAAUUCUUGAAGAUCUCAAUGAAGGAAGCUUUAGACUGAAUCUAACAACUUCAAGUUGCAAUAUCUGAUUAUACAUCGAACAUGUUAAUAUGUAAUAUUAUUUUCUGAUUUUGGAUUUUUAUGGAAUGUAAUGAAUUUCUGAAGUGUAAAUGGAGGUGUAUUGAAAUGGAGUUUGAAAGAAAAAAUACGAAAUUGUAUUGAUUAA